CUCGUAAAGAGCCAUGGCUAUUGAAAAUCGCGGGCCAGAGCUUACGGCAGUGUGUGCAACUUUUACCACCAUGGCUGUUAUUGCUGUUGCGUUGAGAUGCUAUGUGAGGCUGCGGAUCAUCCGAAACUUUGGGCUCGACGAUUGGGCUAUGGUUGGGGCUCUCGUCUCGUUUCUUAUUUUAAUUGCAUUCACCCUUCUUGGCGUCCGCUACGGCACCGGGCGCCACUACUGGGAUCUUAAAGAAAGUGAUAUUGUGUUGGCAAUGAAAUAUUGGUGGCACUGCUAUCUGUGGUACUGCAUCACCAUGAUCACCUGCAAAAUCUCGAUUGGCCUCCUUCUUCUACGAAUCGCCGUUCGUCGAGUUGAUAUCUGCAUCAUCUAUACCGCCAUGGCAGUCACAGUCUUGACUUGUGUUGCAUUCUUCUUCAUCACACUAUUCCAGUGCAGCCCCAUUUCCUUUUUCUGGACUCGACAACCGCCUGGCUCCUGUAUUAACGUGGACGUAAUCAUCACGAUAACGUAUAUAUACAGUUCAUUCAGCGUCCUCUGCGACUUCACGUUUGCAUUGCUGCCAAUUUCCAUGAUCUUGAAGUUGAAUAUGAACAAGCAAAGCAAGAUCGCCCUCAUUCCCAUUAUGCUUAUGGCAUGCGUCGCGAGUGCCGCCGUCGUUGUUCGCUUCGGCUAUGUCAAGGACUUCAAGAAUCCGGACUUUCUUUACGCGACACUGGACAUUGCAAUCUGGUCGACAGUUGAAGGAGGACUCGGCAUCACAGCUGGAAGUCUGGCUACGCUCCGCCCACUGUUCCGCAUUAUCAGCCCCCAUCUUGGGUUCUCGACGAGAGGGGCCUCGAUUGUACACGACUCGGAUCGACAUGAACCACGGGAGUUGGUGGGAAGCUCAGAAGGCACCAGAGGCACAAAGAAGUACGGCGAGCUCUUCAGCUUGACAACAUUCAAGGAACGGAAUGAGAGAGACAAAGCCAUGGUGUGCGAGACUAGCAACGAUGGGGCUCAGGACACGCCAAUAAGAAAAUACAAUUCCACAUGGGUCAAGCAGGAUACGCCCAAAUUGAAUGAGAGCGAAGAAGAACUCACGAUGACUGGUUCACGGGAGAGACUGGGAGAUCGUGUACGUAUUUACAAUUGAUAUCUACACAGUGAUAUCAGACGACGGAUUUGGCGUAAUGUCUCGGUCAAUUCAGAUCUGACGAGACGAGAUAUCAUGGAAGGCAAAGCUUUAAUUGGACAACGCAUGCAAGUCGACAUAGAAAGGUGGACGCAAGAGCUGGCUGAGGCGGCAGUUUCGGAAAAUCAGAUGAAAUAGACUUUU